AUGCUAUUCGAGCAAGCAUACGCACUACUCUUACUUCUACUCGGCAUCAUUUUCACUUCAGACCUUGCCACGGGUUCUUUCUUACCUUUUGGAGUUGAACCAAGUGCAGGAUGUGAAAGUUGCAAAUCAAGUCUUUCAUUCAGUAAUCCAAAGUCGAAUGAUUUUCUGGUAGGGAACGAAAUACCCGGUCUUCCAUUCAAGACUAAAACUUCAUGGUCGGGAAACAUACCAAUUCCCGAUACUGAUUCUGUCAAAAAUGGAACUUUAUCAUUUUGGUUAUGGGGAAAAGAUGAUCAUGAACCGGGUAAAGAUUUGGUGAUUUGGAUGAGCGGUGGACCAGGUUGUUCAUCGCUAUUGGCGAGUUCGAUCGAAAAUGGUCCAUUUCUGUUUGAUUCAGCGAAUGGAACCCUUAGUACUAAUAAGUACUCUUGGACAUUGGCAGCAAAUAUGUUUUACCUCACUCAACCCGUUGGAGCUACAUUUACAACCUUUUCUUCUUCUAACAUCACUAAUGAAGACCAAGUAAGUCAACACCUCGUCUUAUUUUUAAAACAAUUCUUUAACAUCUUUGAAGAACUUCGAUCGACGAACAUUUGGUUAAUAGGCGAAUCAUACGACGGUCAAAUGAUGCCUUUCGCUUUCAAUGCGAUCAAACGAAAUCCUCCAACUGGAAAAGCAUCAUCAUUAAAAGGUGGUAUGUUAAUCUCACCUUUCUUUUCCGAUUUGACAGCUCAAUUGGCUACAGCUGCUUAUCCGUUUGCUGUUGAACAUCAACGUCAACUCAACUUUUCGGACAAACAAUUAGCAUCACUCAAGAACCAAUCCGAUACGUGUCAAUUGACAGAUUUUAUCUCCAAGUAUAUGUCUUUCCCACCAAAAGGUCGCUUACCCAAUCCAUCAACAAACUGUCAAGUUUUCGAAACGUAUACUGAGACAUAUACGGAUAAUGAUCCCAACUAUAACAUCUACAACGUAAACAAACCCAAAGAUCUUGGUUACAACAGUGUUGUACAAGCAUUUUUUAAUCGUACAGAUGUACAAGACUACAUUCGCGCACCUCAUCAAGAUUUCAAGCUUUGUCGAUCAGUCUUUCAGCAAAAUAAUUUGUCAAUUUCGGGAGAUUUAUCAGGUCCAUCAGAUCGAACUCCGUCAUUUGAACAUUCUCUAUUUGCACAAAUGGUUGAAGGAAGUAAAAGAUUCAUCGUUAUGAGCGGAGCGCUUGAUGGUUUAAUCUUUGCUUCUGGAGUACAAUUGGUCUUGCAAAAUUUGACAUGGAAUGGCGAACAAGGUUUUAAUGCUCCAUUACACGUUCCACUUUAUGAUCUCGAAGGAAAGCAAAGAGCAAUCGCUACCAAAUCAGAAAGGCAUUUACGUUACGUACUUGUUCCCGAUGCAGGGCACAUACUUCCAGCCGAUCAACCUUCAUUUGCUCUCAAUGCUUUAUUUGCCUUGCUUGGCCGUCCAUAUUGGAAGAAAGAAAAGUGCUGGUCACAAGAAGAUCUUCAUCAUGGGAAAACAAUCUGA